AUGAAAAGGGCUCGGUACACACAGUCAGCCCCAGAGUUGAGGUCAGGAGCUCUGAUUGAUGUGUCUACACACUUGGGUAACCUGAGAUACAGAGUGUGGGAGAAGAUGAAGGACAUUGCUCCAUUCUAUCCAGUUAUUUUGGACCCAAACUCUACGCAUGAGUCUCUUGUCCUUUCUGAAGACCUGACCAGCUUCACAACCAGCGAUAUUGACCAGGAGCUUCCGGAAAACCCAGAGAGAUUUGGGAAAUAUUGUGAAGUCUUGGGCUCUGAGGGUCUCUGCUCGGGAACACACGUCUGGGAGGUGGAGGUUGGUGAAAGUGAGAACUGGACUGUGGGAGUGGCCAAAGAGUCUGUAAAGAGAAAAGAGGAGAAUGUGUCUGCUCCAGAGGAGGGAUUCUGGACCAUAGAACUGUCUAAUGGUAAAUACCUAGCUUCAGUCUCUAAACAAUCAGUUAAACCCCUUACAGUGAGAGGGGAAAUCAAAGAAGUCAGAGUAACACUGGACUGGAAUAAAAGAAAAGUGACAUUCAUUGAUCCUGUCAAUAACACAUACUUACACACUCACACACCCACAUGGACUGAGAAGUUGUACCCAUACUUUUUCAGUCCCAGUAAACACCCACUUCGAAUAAAACCAGUCAAAGUGUCAGUAUAUCUGGGAUAA